AUGGCAAAUAAUCUGGUUACCAGGCAUCAAACCGGAAAACUGGCGGUCAGUCCAGAAAAGCAAGAAUAUAUAGAGAAGUCUAUUGCCUACUAUAUGAGGUACCUGAAACGAGCUUUUCAAAGCGGAGAACUUCAAGAGGAAUUCGUUGAGAAUGACGAUGAGACUCAGUUCGUGUUUAACAUGGACAGUGGUCGCACAAUCGGUUUAAGAGGGGAUGAAAACGUCAAAUAUGCAUAUGUCGUAUCGGGUGAUGAGCGUAUUACGAUGAUGGUUCGAAUCACAGGGGGUCCGCACGCAUGUAUUGCUCCGAUGCUUGUGUUUAAGAACGAAAACUGUUCGUACCCCAUUCGGGCAGUUCCCGACACAGUUCCAGGGGUUUGUUAUCGAUCCGGUAAGAAGGGAUGGAUGGACAACAGAGUCUUUCAAGAAUGGCUUUCCGAACCAAGGGCAAUUCGAGCUUUGCAAAACACGCAAAGAAGGGUUCUAUUUGUAGACAAUUGUUCUGGCCACAAUGAGAACGAAUCUGUCCAAAAAUGCCUGGGAGAAAUCAAGACAGAGCUGAGGAAAUUUCCCCUGAAUGCAACAGAUCUGGUUCAGCCAGCCGACUCCUUCGCUAUAUCUAAAAUUAAGGACGCUUGUCGACGAGAAUGGGAUACCUACAAGGCAGGUGAAAUUGCUCGUGGUUCGUGGAUGGGAAGUGGGCCUGGCGCAAGUGGAAAAUUAAAGAAUCCAGGCAAGGGCUUCUUUUUGAAGCUUGCUGCAAACGCAGUUCGGGAAGUUAACAACCAGCGUGAUAAGAAUGGUGUUUCGUUUGCACGCAAGUCAAUGAUUAGAACGGGAUUGUCCCUUAAUCUAAAUGGUCUUUGGGAAGAGAAGCAGCUCUCUUCUGAGCUGCAGGCGAUAAUAUCCAAGCAUCGUGUCCAUUUCAAUGGGCAAGAAGUCGAGCCGUAAUUUCUUGAGUACUUGCCAGCAAUGUUAGAAAUCAAGGUUAAUACAGUCGUUCAAAAAUAAACUGGACCAUGUUAUAUCU